CUACAUAUAUUAUUUGUAUGUAUGUGUGUGUGUGUCUAUAUCAACGGCUCUCUGUAAUUUCACGUAUUUAAUAGACGCCGUUUUUCUCCCUGUUCCCUCAUGGAUUGAGUUACAUCCCUCCGCGAUCUUUCUCUCUCUACAACGACGGGCCCUUAUUUCUCUCUCUAGGGUUUUGUGAAGUUGAAGUGCGAUUUAAUUUAUGUUCGAUUGUAGGGUUUUAGUUGUGCCCGGGGAGUUUGGGUUGAUUUAAUUUCUCUUACUGGGGGGUUAUAUCGCCUGACCGGUGGUUCGAAGACUUUCAGUGAGAAUUUACCGCUGGCGCGUUUCGAUUUUGGUCGCUCCUUUUCUUGAGUAAGACCACAAUAUAAUCUUCAGUGGUGCAUCGGGAAAUGCUUCUGAUUGGACUUGAAUGAUUGCCAGCAUGGACUUGAAUGCCUCCCCUGAACCAGAAGAGGAUGAAGUGUUUCCUGAACCACAGUCGGAAGAAGAUAAUGUACUAGAAGAACAUGUAGAUUACAAUGAACAUGUGUCACAUGGGGAGAGUGCAGUUCAGAUUUCACGCCGGGAGCGUGAGGAAAGGAUUCAGCGUUUACGAAGGCAACGCCCUGAUGACAGACCAUCCUACGGGUAUCAGCCAGCUCAGCGUGAUGAUGGGUAUCAAGCAAAAAGACAGAGACCUAAUAGUAAACUUCCUCCAGGCUGGUUAGACUGCCCUAAUUUUGGACAGGAAAUAGGCUGUUUGAUCCCUUCAAAAGUUCCCUUGGGUGAAUCUUUCAAUGACUGUAUUCUCCCUGGUAGAAGAUAUUCAUUUAGGCAGGUGAUCCAUCAACAGAGAGUUUUAGGAAGAAAGCUUGGUUUGGUGAUUGAUCUUACCAAUUCAAGUAGAUACUAUAAUUUCAAUGAAUGGAAGAAAGAAGGUAUCAAACAUGUGAAGAUAGCAUGCAAGGGGCGUGAUUCAGUGCCUGAUAAUGAGUCUGUAAAUAAGUUCUUUUACGAGGUCUCACAAUUUCUGGCUCGGCAAAAGCAACCAAAAAAAUAUAUUCUUGUUCAUUGCACGCAUGGUCAUAAUCGUACAGGAUUUAUGAUUAUCCACUAUCUCAUGCGUACACUGCCUAUAUCUGUCACUCAGGCAAUAAAAAUAUUUUCUGAUGCACGGCCACCGGGGAUAUAUAAACCAGACUACAUUGAUGCUUUGUACAAUUUCUAUCAUGAGAAAAAGCCAGAUAUGGUUGUUUGUCCUCCAACUCCAGAGUGGAAAAGAUCUUCUGAUCUUGAUCUGAAUGGUGAUGCAUUGCCAGAUGACGACGAUGAUGAUGGAGAUUCUGCAGCUCCUUUAGAUGAGAGUCAGGAGACACAGUUGGUCAUGACAAAUGAUGAUAUUUUGGGAGAUAAAGUUCCUAGCGACCAAGAGGUCGCAAUGCGGCAGUUCUGCUAUCAAUCCUUGAAAUUGCCUGCAGGGGUUAGAGGACCUCAGCAAUUUCCUGGCUCACACCCCGUUUCUCUUAACAGGGACAAUUUACAAUUGUUAAGGCAACGUUACUACUAUGCGACAUGGAAAGCUGAUGGAACGAGAUAUAUGAUGCUAAUUACUAUGGAUGGUUGUUAUUUGAUAGACAGACAUUUUAAUUUUCGGAGGGUUCAGAUGCGAUUUCCUUGCAGACAUGCUAAUGAAAAGGGAAUGGCUGAGAAAAUGUACCAUCAUUUUACCUUACUUGAUGGAGAGAUGGUAAUUGAUACGAUGCCUGACUCACAGAAGCAAGAAAGAAGAUACCUCAUCUACGAUAUGAUGGCCAUUAAUCAGGUUUCCAUUGUGGAGCGGCCAUUUUAUGAACGUUGGAAAAUGCUUGAGAAGGAAGUGAUUGAACCGCGUAAUAUCGAAAGACAACAUAUAUACCAGAGCCAAAAUCCUUAUUAUAGAUAUGAUCUGGAACCUUUCAGGGUACGGAGGAAAGACUUUUGGCUGCUUUCUACUGUUACAAAACUUCUGAAGGGAUUUAUUCCGAAGCUGUCACAUGCAGCAGAUGGGCUUAUUUUUCAGGGUUGGGAUGAUCCUUAUGUUCCUCGAACACAUGAGGGCCUCUUGAAGUGGAAAUACCCAGAAAUGAAUUCAGUGGAUUUUCUCUUUGAGAUGGUUGACGAUCGCCAAUCACUUUUUCUAUACGAACGGGGGAAGAAGAAAUUAAUGGAAGGGAAUAGGGUUGUCUUUCCUGAAGGCGCUGAUCCCUCAUCAUAUUCGGGUAAGAUUGUUGAGUGUUCUUGGGAUUCUGAGGAAGAUGUAUGGGUGUGUAUGAGGGUCAGGACAGAUAAAGGGACCCCUAAUGAAUUUAACACCUACAAGAAGGUUAUGAGAAGUAUAAGGGACAAUAUCACUGAGGACAUAUUGCUGAACGAGAUCAAUGAGAUAAUCCGCCUGCCAAUGUAUGCUGAUAGGAUACAGAAUGAGAGCAAAGCCCACCAGCACAACUCAUCACGCCGUAGAUGAACAUUUGUAAUAAGUGGGAUACAUCUGUUUGGAUGAAGCUACUGUCUGUUUCUGGGUACGAGCGAGUACAGUUGGUGAUAUUAUUGGAAGCGCCAGCAUAGAUAAUCCUAGGGCAUUGCAAGUGUCUGAUUUGUGGUAUCCUUUUCGGAUUUGGCACACUUUUAAGAUCCUCUGUAAGGCUUUUGUUUCUUUCUCAUAGGGAUCUAGAUUGUAGGAAUAGUUAAUAGGUUGUCCUUGUAUAUUAUUGUUUCCAGCUGCAGUUCGUUUUUGGCUUAUAAAUAGUUGUCGUUAAAUUUGUCCAAAAAUGUAGAUUUUAGGAUAAUAAUUAGAUUUCAAAUGAAUCUGUUAUUGUGAAUAUAGGCUUAUCGUUUGAACGCUUGCGACUCAUCUAUGCCAGCUUGUUUGUAGUGAGAGUGGAUGAGUUUCUUUCUA